UCGAUGAUAAUUGGUGAUGAUUCUGUUACAAGAGCUAUAGGAUAUACCGAUUUUCUUACUUAAAAUGAGCUUGUGAUUUAUAGUGUAUUAAGGACAUUUUAAAUGUAGUAUUAUGUCGUAAGGUCGAGAAGAAGAUUAACUUUAUUUAAGAUAUGCAACAGUGCGCCUUCCUGUACUACUGGUGUAUUUUAUUUUCCGUCAUCGGAGUUACCUCCUCCUUGUAUCUUCCAAACAUGCAUAGAUCCAGAAAGAACGCCAUAUCCUCAAUACAAUCAAACUACAAAGGUGCCGUGGGAGUGAGGUGGGACAAGAGAAAUGAACUCCAGGGAAAUUUACAUUCACGCUUCAGGCACCACUCAAAGAGUUUUAGAACAAAACAUAGAUUUAUCUCAGAGAUGUUCAGAAUGUUUGAUUUAAAUGGUGAUGGAUGCGUGGAGCGAGAUGAAUUUGAGUAUGUUCUAGAUUUCAUGGACAUCUGGAUGUAGUGUGUGAAAACUCGACAUUUUCAUUCCCUGCUCAAAACUGAAAGAAGACAUUUAGAUAAAGACAUUCCUCGGAAUGAUAAUUAUUUCUAAACCCCACACAAGUGACAUGUGACACUAGAACGUUAACACCUAUUGGAUGAUUUUUUUUCCGGUAGCAGAGGAAGUAGCGGAGGAUCCGAAUCUGUCUCAGUUUUACACAAACUCCAUCUGACAUAGGACACUGCCAUGACCGAUCAACAAACUGUUGUAUCUUCAUACAACCAAACAAAAGAAACAACCAGGCACGACUUAUCUCAUUUUAGUGAUUUACAUUCGCUAUCACUUCCGGGAUACUUUGCUUUAAUUGUGUUAAAUUGACUGUAAGAAAAACCACAAUUUUAGAAUUUUCUUUUUUCAUUGAAGUUUUUCUCUGAUAUUUAUAAUUUUUUAACGUUCUUUUAUUCUUUGCAGUAGCAUUAAGCAAUUCUUUUGAAUAGUUUUAAACUUAGCGGCACAAAAUGCAUGAUUUUUCAACUUUUGAAGAAAUUUUAAACUAGUGCAUCACUGAUGAUAUUUGUCAUACAAGAGUCAUGUGUGAAUGGUCCUGAAAGCUUGAUGUGGUAACUUAUUCAUUAAUAAUGUACACAUUUCCUAUGAGUUGUUGAAAUUUGUUUAUUUAUUGUAAUUUAUUUGUCAUACUGUUUUCUUAUUAUUUUAUUUUUUUACAUACGUGUAAACUAUGAGUGAUAUAAUUUAAAGUUGAUGAGAUAUUUAUAUUUUACCUGACAGUUAUUGUUCAGAUAGUGAUGAAUUUAUUUUAAGGCUUUUCUUGUUUCUUCUUUAUCUACAACCAUUGUUAUAGCAACAUUCCAGCAUGAACAGUUUCAUUCCAACUGGAGAUAUUACGUAAUAAAGAAAUCUAAAGCAAGAUCUGUAUUUAUUUAAAAAAUAUUAAUUAAAAAUAAAUGAUACUGUAACAUUUGACUGUGUUGAAUUUCAAUGGAAUGAAUCCAUGGAAUUAAGUAUAUAUUAUACAAUGUUGACCAUUGUUACAUCACUUUUUAAAUAUAUGUAUAUCAAGAAUUAAAAACAUUAUU